GUGAACACGAUGAUCCGUCUUGAGCCAACACAGGAUGGUUGUGUACAUAAAGUGACGUGGAACAGGCGAGUGAUAAUGUGAAUUUAGUGCACCAUAGUUGAAAUUAACACCAUUAGCUAGCUAGUUUAUUCAGAAAACCAACGCAGUACACGUUAAAAAUUGUUUUAUAUUUUUUUAUUUUUUUACUUUGUGCUGCUGUUAGGUGAGUUGAUAUUGAGAUAUAAAGCGAGAAAACAGUGCUAGCUCGACAGCUGUCAGGCUAGCGAGGUGGUCGUGUCAGCACUGCUAACAUAGCUGACUGGCUCGCAUUGCGGAUACAACACAACAGAACCUCCUGCGACAAACAGGUCUUGCAUGUGGUGGUCAUCUUUCCAGAGUUACCAUGGCGAGUCCAGAUGAUCUGAAGUUCCAAGAGUUUGAGGAGGCCACUGACCUGCUGUUAGCAGACCCUGGGGCCUCCACCCUCAGUAUGUCUGGCUCCAGCAGUACGGCCCCGGCCGGUGUCACUGGGGACAUCAAACUGGACAUGUCCGAUGAUGAGGGACAGGAGGAGAGUUCAGAGCUCUUAAGAGGGGAGAAACAAACUAGUGGUUUCUGGACCUUUGAGUACUACCAGUCAUUCUUCAAUGUGGAUACAAUGCAGGUGCUGGACAGGGUCAAGGGAUCGGUGAUGCCUUUACCAGGGCAGAACUUCAUCAAACAUACCCUCCAGUCGAGUCCGGAUUUAUAUGGUCCCUUCUGGAUCUGCGUGACGCUGGUGUUCUCUCUGGCCAUCAGUGGAAACCUGUCCACCUUCCUGAACUCUCUGGGGAGCCCCCAUUACCACUACAGACCCCAGUUCCACAGAGUGACGAUAGCUGCAGUAGUGAUCUUCCUGUAUGCCUGGCUGGUGCCCCUGGGUGUAUGGGUUUUCCUGACCUGGAGGCAGAGGGAGGAGAGGCAGCAGAGUGGUUACUCCUUCCUGGAGACAGUGUGUGUCUACGGCUACUCCCUCUUCAUCUACAUCCCCACCUCAGUGUUGUGGAUCUUACCAUUCGAAUGGCUCCGAUGGCUCCUCAUCCUGGUCGCCAUGGUGAUCUCUGGGUCGGUCCUGGUGCUCACCUUCUGGCCUGUCGUCCGCGAUGACACCAAGGUGACUGCGUUUGCCACCGUGGCAACAAUCGUCGUUCUCCAUGCGCUGCUAUCAAUUGGCUGCAAGAUGUAUUUCUUCCAGACAGCGACUCGCACACCAGUUCUUACACUCGCACCCAACCACACAGCAGCAAUAUUGACCAACAAGACCCACUGACCAAGAGGAACAUGAGGGAGAUGUGUCAAUGUUUGAGACCACUGGGGAAUUUGAAAGGACUAGAUAAAAGGUUUAGGUUUUUGUUACCUACUCUGUGAGCAUUGGAAGAGUAGCUAGCUGGCUGACCGCAAAACAGAUGAGUCAAUGGCGAAAUCGCUAACUACAUUGUCGUGUGAGUAGGACGAUAAGAGUUGAGAGGGAAACGUUGGAUGAAAUCAGUUUAUGGCACCUGUGUGGAUGUUUUUUUUUUUUCAGUUCAGUGGGUCACACAUUAUUCAGUCCUUUCAGAUCAGAGAAGGGGAUGUAGCUCCUGCAUACUCAAAAAAAAAAAAUACUCCAAUGCUCCAAUACUCUAACCAAUAAUAAGGAUCCACAGAGGACUGACAAGUGGUCAAAGGUACCCAUUACGUUGUGUUGGAGGUUCUGGAUGUGUGAGCCCUACUCUAGUACAUUAUUGACUUAACUGGAUCAGCAGCCCAUUAAAAGUACUGUGUAAUUGACUACAAAUGUUAUUACAAAGGGACAAGGAUAGAGGUCUAUGAGUAAACAAAUGAUGGGGGAAAUGUUUUGCUUCUGCUGCAGAAAUGGUUACGCACUUGUAUAUUGUAAUACAUCAAUAUUUUUCAUGUCAUGGAGAAGUUGGGUGCACCUCAGUAGUCGGGAGACUUCCUCUUCUCAUUUUAUCUGCACUAAAAAACAGGAAAGGAGGAAGCAUAUGAGAUCUGCUCUAACCAGCUCAGUUCUGUCAGUGCAGAUGGAGACAAGGAAUUAUUUUUAGACUUGAAAUCCUCAGCUGCAGUCUGAUCUUGAUGAACCUAUUGAAGGGAAAUGCUGUAUGAAUGUUAACUAAUGUACUAAUACAGGGGUGGCCAACCUUAUCCAUAAAGGUGCAUGCUUUUGUUCCAGCCAAGCAAAAACACAUGAUUCUACAAUCAGACGAGUUGGAUCAACAGGUAUGUUACAGCUUGGCUGGAACCAAGGCCCACUACACCCAUCUGUGGGUGAGGUUGUACACCUCAGAUGGAAAAGGGAUGUUCUAGAACUCAAACCACUCCUAUGACCUGGAACGUGUAGUACUGUGCUGACUAAUGUAUCCACACAACUUUUUCUUUUUGUAGAUACACUGACAAACCCUUUCCUUAAUUUACAAGUCUAUUUAAUUAUUUAUUCUUUGUUCACACUUCUGGGUUUGUGUGAUUAAACUGUCAUUCCAGUCAAUUGCUUUGUCUUCUUGGUGUUGAGGGCAGGGGUCUAACGCUGGUCCUGGAGUGCUGUCUUGGCAGGCUUUUGUUCCAGCCCAGCACUACCACAUCUGAUUUAAAUUAAUAUUAGUUUAAUUGGCUGGGACAAAGGCUGAGAAAUAUCCACCAUCUACAUUUCAUAUAAGUAUAGGUAUGCAGCAUUUGUUCCAGCCCUCAGCUUACUGUACUUUGAAAACAUGGAUUCUUGUUUGUCCUGAAGCCUCAGGGGCUAGGCUCAGCAAUGAUCCCUGAGAUUUGAGGUAGUUGCUUGUGUGUGCUUGGAGGACACACAUUUACAGCUAUAGUCCUUGGGCACAUCAAUGUCUGCUGACCAUGUAGGCUCAAGAUGAUGUUAUAAAAUCAGAUUUCAUUCCUAACUGCUGGUUUUGGUUUGGAAAAUCUGAUCCUAGAUCUGUGGCUAAUUGUCAGGGGCAAUUUAUUACCUCGAGCAAUACAAACAGGAGUCUUCCUUAUGCACUUUCCAUCAAUAGAGGUCCCAGAGAAAAGUAGUGUUUGAAUGCUAAGCUAGCAACUAUCACAACAUUGGUGUUACAUUUUACUGUAAUAUCAAUUAUAAGACCUGAUCCAAAGAUUUUUUUGGGGACUUCUCCACCAACAUUUAAUUUACUCCUUUUAUACUUGUUUUUUGUUUGUUGCUUUUCUGUGAAAGAAAUAAAACAAAUAAAGACAACUGAAAAGUUAACCCUACAAA